AAGCCGCUUCAAUCCUUAUGGGCCGACGUGCUAUUUUGCGAUUAAAUUUGCGUUCAGUUUUAGCACCGUUCCCCCUCGUGUUUUCACGCAGCACUAAUUCUGAAAACCGCAGCGUCCGAGCGUUUCCAAAACAAUCCGCUAACGUUACGUCGAUUAUAAAUUCGUGUUAAGAGGAGCCCUUCAAAACCUGGAGUUUGACCACUUAAUGAAAUUUGCGUCGAUCCUAAAUGCAUUUGUAGCAGUGAUUUAAUUAAAUCGCAUCGCUCGAAGUGCCAUUCGCUGAAAAAAAAAAAUACAGUUGUAACUCGCUCGAGGAAAACGAAUGAAAAGAGACGGCCGCUCGGUGUCAUCGUGAUGUCACCGGGUUUAGGUGCUCGGCGAGAAUGCCUGAGCAGUUGCGGUCUGGGUCUGCUUCACCCAUGAAUGCCUCUCCAUGUUGCAUGUGCUGCAGUUCGGCGUGUGGCUUCUUAAAUUGCCGUCGCGGAGCCCCGUUUGGAAGCGGAGGGAGCAGGCCGGCUGUUCCUCGUGCAGCCCGCAGCCGCCCGAGCCGCGUUGCGCCCGGGCGACGCGCGCGGGGCGCGCGAGCAACUUUACGCGCGAGAUGGAGUGCAGAGUGCUGUCGAUCCAGAGUCAUGUAGUGCGGGGCUACGUGGGCAACAAAUCGGCGUCGUUUCCGUUACAGGUGAUGGGGUUUGAAGUGGAUUCCAUCAACUCUGUCCAGUUCUCCAAUCAUACAGGUUACGCGCACUGGAAGGGCCAGGUGCUGACGGCAGAUGAGCUGCACGUGCUGUACGAAGGGAUCAAACUCAACAACGUCAACCACUACGACUACGUCCUCACAGGUUACACCAGGGACACGUCUUUUCUGGAGAUGGUGGUGGACAUCGUACAGGAGCUGAAGAGGGCCAAUCCUAAUCUUGUGUACGUGUGCGACCCUGUCCUGGGGGAUCAUGGUUCAAUGUAUGUGCCUCAGUAUCUCUAUCCGGUCUACAAGGACAAAGUGGUACCUGUGGCAGACAUCAUUACUCCCAACCAGUUCGAGGCAGAGCUCUUGACAGGGAAGAGUAUCAGCACAGAGAAAGAUGCAGUGGCGGUGAUGGAUCUGCUCCAUAACAUGGGCCCGGAUACAGUGGUCAUCACCAGCUCUGAUCUGCCCUCCUCCCUUGGAGAUCGCUUCCUGGUGUCCCUCGGCAGCCAACGCAUCGUGAUGCCUGAUGGUACAAUCUCAACUCAGCGCAUCCGGAUAGAGGUGCCCAAAGUGGACGCGGUGUUCGUGGGCACAGGAGACCUGUUUGCAGCCAUGCUAUUGGCCUGGACCCACCACUACCCCACAGACCUCAAGAUGGCGUGUGAGAAGACUUUCUCCGUCAUGCAUCAUGUCAUCCAGAGGACGAUCUCCUACGCUCACGAGAUGGCAGGCCCCGGGAGGAGGCCGAGUCCCUCCCAGCUGGAGCUGCGGAUGGUCCAAAGCAAAGCGGACAUCGAGGAUCCGGCCAUCGUCAUGGAAGCCACUGUUCUAUAGAAACCCCACUCGCACAAACUAACUCGCGCGCUCAUCUCCUCGCUUCCCUCUGCUACAAUCGCACAAUGUAUAGAUGUCGUAUGCUUUUUUGUUUCUUUUUUUUUUUUAAGUUUCGGGGUCAGUAAUGUGACGUUGCCUUAGGAAUCUCAAAAGGAGGGCAGCAAUUCAUUCAGAGCGGGUGGGGGGGGGUGGAUGGAGCGGGGGAGGGGAGGAUGACUCACGGGAGGCGAGAGAGGGACGACGCCACCUCCCCCCGUUUGUGCUCCCCUGCCCUCCGUCCGUCUCUCCUCGGCGCUCGCCUAGAGCCCCUCUUCAUCCGGCACAUUGAACGCACUCAUGGAAUAGCCCAGGCAGGAGCAAUCGCACGUCUAUUUAAGUAAACCCGCUGAAACAAGCAGCCGGUUAAAAAAAAAAAAAAAGAAAAAAAAGAAAUCGGGUCCCUGACUGGCAUGACCGCAAGCCAAUGGAGGCACGCGCCUUGAAAAGGAUGUCCUGUUGAAAAGUGAAAUAAUCCAGCUGAGGAUCGUUCCUCGGUACCACAGAAUUUACUGUGAGGCUUUAAGCGAUGAAAUGUAGCCCAGCUCUAAAAUUUGCAAGAGCAAAUUUAUUUAUUCUUUUUUUUUUUUUUUUUCCCCAUGAAAACCCUGAAAUGUUUAUUUUUGUCUGCCGGAACCUAACGUAUUUAUGAUAUUUGUAUAUCCUACUGUCUUGCGUGGAUGUUUUCUUUGCACACAAAAAAAGCAUCGCUUGGUGCAUGAGCACAUGUAUUUUAAUCACUGCCAUGAUUUUAAACUCUCCCCCACCCAUUUCCUCUGAGUGCUUGAAAUGCAAAGACUUCUGGCAUUUCAACGUGUUAUUUCUGUCCAAAAUGUUUUGGCCAGUGGCAUUUCAUUUCACUUUUAAAGACUGUAUUUUACAAGGAAAGCCUGCUGUUUAUAAAUAAAUACUAGGUGUUCAUUCUA